AUGGAUUUUGAGAUUCAAGCUCUUCUGGAGAAUGACACCUGGGACCUAAUCAAAGCAACACCUGAGACAUCUCUCAUAGGAAGCCGAUGGGUCUAUUCUGUGAAACUAAAAUCUGAUGGAAGCUUAGACAGAUACAAAGCUGGGCUUUCAAACAAUGGACAAUUCAUCAGAUGGAUGUCAAGAAUGCUUUUCUCCAUGGGGAAGAUGUCACUUUAUGGCCUGAAGCAAGCUCCUAGGGCUUUUGAGAAGUUCAGGCGGAAGCAAGGAGUAACGAUAUUAUUCCUUUAUGUUGAUGAUAUACUCAUUACAGGGGAUGACAUAGAAAGAAUUUCUAGGCUACAACAGUUACUCAGUAAAUCCUUCAAAAUGAAGGACUUGGGACCGUUGACAUAUUUCUUGGGGCUUGAGGUGAGCAGAAAUUCUCGAGGCUACUUUGUUAAUCAACAGAAGUAUGCAGCUGAUCUAGUUAAACUGGCAAAUCUUAGUGAUUCUAAGAUUGUGGGCACUCCACUAGAACUGAAUCUGAAACUCAACAAAGAUGAUGGGUCUCCCCUUGAAGAUCCUACCCUUUAUCGUCAGUUAGUGGGCAGUUUAAUCUAUCUCACCAUGACUCAGUUGGACAUAUCUUAUGCAGUUCAAAUAGUAAGUCAGUUUGUGUCUUCUCCGAGACAACCACAUUUAUCUACAUUCCAUCAGAUUAUAAGAUAUGUACGGGGCACACUAUCACAUGGGAUAUUCUUCUCCUCAUCAUCUCCCAUUCAUCUUAUGGCCUAUGCAGAUGCUGAUUGA